AGAGGAAGAAGGGGGGAGGGGGAGAGAGAGGGAAAGAGAUGUUGCAAAGGGCAGCGAGCAACGCCUAUUCGUGGUGGUGGGCCAGCCACAUCAGGACCAAGCAGUCCAAAUGGCUCGACAACAACCUACAAGAGAUGGAGGAGAAGGUGAAAGCCAUGAUCAAGCUCAUAGAGGAGGAUGCUGAUUCCUUUGCUAGGAAGGCAGAGUUGUACUUUAGGAGGAGACCAGAGCUCUUAAACUUUGUUGAUGAAACCUACAAAGCAUAUAAAGCACUAGCUGAUAGGUACGAUCGUAUAUCAGGAGAAUUGCACAAGGCCAACCACACUAUUGCAACUGCUUUUCCUGACCAAGUCCAGUUUGACAUCGAUGAUGACGACGACGAUAGCUCUCCAAAGGCAAUGACUGCUAUCGAUACCAGUAAAUUUGACAAGUCACCAAUAGAAAUUCCACCAUUUAGUUUGAGAAACACAAACAAAGAAAGCCAACCUGUCCUGACGAAGACAAACCAUAGGAGGAUUAGCCCCCAGAUUAGCAAAGAGAAGGCACAAGAAGAGAUAGACAGGCUUCAGAAGGAAAUCCUGGUAUUGCAGACUGAGAAGGAGUUUGUGAAGAGCUCUUAUGAGAGUGGAGUAAAGAAAUACUGGGACAUAGAACGGCAGAUUACUGAGCUGCAAGAGGAAGUUUCUUCAUUGCAAGAUGCUUUCAAUGCCAGUGCAGUCAUCGAAGAUGACGAUGCUAGAGCUUUGAUGGCAGCAAGAGCCAUUAAGUCAUGUGAGGAUACCUUGGUGAACCUGCACAAGCAGCAAAAGAGAACAACAGAAGAGGCAAGAAUAGAGUCAAAAAGAAUAAAGGAUGCCGAGCAGAAGCUGAAGGCACUUAAAGUUGAGUGUAGUCAGUCUCAGAUGGAGAACGGGGAGAACUUUGAUCAAAAUGGAGAGCAGAUUUCUAACACCAUGAAUGGGGAGAAGGAAGGAUGCACUUUGGAACCGGAGAGGCUAGAGUUGCAAUUGAUAUGCCAGCAAGUAAGGGAACAUAUUGAGAUGAGCUCUGAUGCAUCAGUGGUGGAGAUUGCAGAAAGGAUUGAUGAGCUUGUAGAUAAGGUCAUCAGCUUAGAGCUCACAGUUUCAUCUCAGACUGCACAGAUUCAGGGAUUAAGAUCAGAAACAGAUGAGCUUCAUAAGCACUUGCGCAGCCUAGAGGAAGAUAAGGCAACUCUGAUUGAUGACUCCAACAGCAUGACUGAAAGGUUAAAGCAAGCAGAAGAUGAGUUACAAAGAAUUCAACUUCUUGAGAAGUAUGUUCAAGAUGAAAAAGGUAUGGUUCAAACUCAUUUGGCUAAAGCUUGCGAUAGCCUUGACGAUCUUUCAGAGAAAUUGCAGUCCCCAAAACAUCAUGGAGAGAAGAAACCACUGACAGAGGGCAGGCAAGAAAGAAGGAUCAAGCAGAUGGGUGCAGAUGAUAGAAAUAGUCGAAUUCCCCCGGCAGAGUUGCAAGUGGAAGAGCUGGAUGAUCUACCAGACUUGCAAAACUUGCUAGUGAAGGGAUUAGAAGGCAAAGAAAAGAUGUUAUUAGCUGAGUACUCAUCUAUCCUUAAAGACUAUAAAAAUACAAAGAAAAUGCUUACUGAGAUAGAGAAGAGAAAUGAAGAAUAUCACGUUGAGAGAAUGGAACAGGUCAAUGAAUUGAAGAGUGCCAAUGCUAUGAAAGACGAUGAGAUCCGAUCUCUAAGGAAAAUGCUGAGCUCAAUACAAAAAACUGUUCAUGUAAAUGCAGCAAAGAACUCUGAGAAGUCUGACAAUAAUGUUACAGACACCAUGCCAAAGACAAAUACACCAUUUGAUGCAACAAAUACUGAUAGCCCUCAUGCAGAAGUAGACAUCAAGCUGUACCAAGUCAAUGAAUCACACACAGCCUCACCUAUCGAAGAAAAAUUUAGGGCAGAUAUUGACACGCUGCUAGAGGAGAACUUGGACUUCUGGUUAAGAUUCAGCACAUCAUACCAUCAAAUCCAAAAAUUCCAGACGACAUUUAAUGACUUGCAAUCUGAGAUGGAGAAGCUAAGGUAUAUGAAGCCACAAGAGGGAAGUGGUGGUGCUAUGGCUGCUGCUGAUCAGACCAUAAAGCAGGAAUCAGUUCCAAUCGACAAAAAGCUAAUAGAACAGAACACUGAACUCCAAGUUUGGUUAGAAAAGAAUGAGCUGCUAAAGGGGGAGUUGCAGUGCAGGUUCUCAUCCCUUUGUAACAUGCAAGAGGAGAUAACAAGGAUCUCAAAAGAAAGUGAGAAACAAGAUGUGCGGUUCACUUCCCAUCAGGCUGCGAAGUUCCAAGGUGAGGUGCUUAACAUGCAACAGGAGAACAAAAAGGUGGCAAAAGAGCUGCAAACUGGAUUGGAUCAUGUGAGGGGGCUUCAGGUUGAGGUUGGAAGGGCACUGUCGAAGCUCCAUGAGAAUUUCAAGUUGGCUGGAUCAAGAAACCACCACCAAAAACAGUCCCUUGGGCAUGUAUCAAGCAAGCAGAAAAUACCAUUGAAGACUUUCUUGUUUGGUGCCAAGCCUAAGAAGCCAUCAAUAUUUUCAUGCAUGAAUCCAGCACUGCAUAAGCAAUAUAAAGAUUUAAGGGCUGGGUUUCCUGCAUAAAUUCAGCUUAGUGGUGGAACUUCACCUCUUCUUGUCAUUGCGUCGUUCGCAUAUGAAGCGGAUUUUCUCAUCAUCUUGUGUGCUAAUUUUUGGUCUCUUUUGUGAGCUUAGAAGAUAUUUGUACACCUGGUUUGAGGGCCACAUUGAUGCACAAUGGAAAGAUAGUCUGGCUGUGUUAUGUUUUCCUGAG